UUCGUCGAAGGUUGUGGUGGGAGCGCGACGCGAUCAGAGGGGGAUUCUUAGUUUUAUUUUUGUACAUGACUUCGAGUUUCAUUGCGGUAAAAGACGUAAGGAGCGGCGUCGCGGGACGCCGUAUAUAAAAUAUUUCUCUUCGUGGUUUAAAUGGAGGACAGUUAUACGGUGCAUCGACGCCGAAAGGCAGCGGCGAGGAGACGUGAAAAAACCCCGGAACCUCCGAAACGAGAUGAAGAAUCUGGAGAAGACGAAUCCAAGGCCAGAGCCAAGAUGGAGAAGAUGGUGGAAGACACCGAAAAUAUGGCAGAGAAUAGCGCGCAUCCGGAUCAGAACUUGAUUACUCCGCAGAAGGAGAACCGCACCCCUCGUACUCCGUCUUCGACGCCGAAGAAAAAAAGUCUCGAAGACGAUGCGCCAGUUGCACAAGCUGUCAAGAAUAUUAUGCAAAGUGAAAAUGCUGGAGAAAACCAGACGCAAAGUGAAUCUGAAGUGAAAACUGUUGAAAACCCGGUCCCGACGACCACCGACAAUGAGACUACUAAAUUUAGCAGCGUGGCUGACGAGACCGUUGUAAACCCACUUGAUUCUGAAUCGCCUUCAAUAUCAGCUGGGAAGGACGCUAUCGAUGUACCCGGCGCUGCGUAUGCCGAUUUUUCAAAACCUUCAGAGGUUUUAGAAACGAAGGAACAACCGAGCGGCGAAAUAAUCGGUACGAGUUACGGUGCGGCUGGAAAUCAGGGCACUGAACCUUUACGACCGAAGAAGCGUUCCAGAGACAAACACCUAGUUCAGGUGAAAAAAAGUUACGGUAGCGACUCGAGCGACGCUGAUCAAGAAAAAGUCUUACAGUCGAUUCGCAGGAAGAAAUCUCCCGAAGGUCCGAGGGCGAAGGGUGGAGGAACUUGGAAAAGUCAAAGUCGCAGUCACGCCGUGCCAACUGACACCGACGAAGAUCGGAAUACUUCGAACAACGAAUCGAGGCCAAAACCGAUCCACGAAAAACGACACGCGAGUAAACACAGGUAUUCAACCGGUACGGAAGAUGAAGCCAGCCCAAAAAAGGGGGAAAAAGGUCAUCGAGAUCCGCAGGGCGCGGAACGCGAAAGUUCGAAAAUCAGAGCUAGGAGUAGGGACUCUACGGCCAAGUCGAGGGAAAAACGAUCGGUUAGUCGGCACAGGUAUCCAAGCGAUACGGACGACCAACAACAGGAUUUAGGGAUGAUAAAGAGCGAGACGUUUCCACAAAAGUCUUUAACCGACCAACGUCAGGUGAUAAAGAGAUCAAGUUCCGAGAUGAAAAAGCAGAUAAUUCCUCUUAGCGACGAUAGCUUGAUUCAGGAUUUCGCCAAAGCUCAAGAAGAUUACUUGAAAAGAGACCGAAGUAUCCUCGAAUCCGAUCCUUUGGACGAUAUACGUUAUUCCCAUCAAAAAACCGAACAUGAAGCUUCGAUUCCGGCAAUCCUGAGAAAACGAAAGGUCGGUGUUCUCCAUGCGGAUCCCGAAGAAAUCCUCAAAACCCGAGAUCGAGAACUUGAGCAGCCAAAACGGUCCUGGUUUUCUUGGUUUGUUAACAUACCGUCUUUCAAGAAGAAAGAAAAGACGGAUGAAAUCAAUCCGGAUCGAAAAAUCACUCCCCCUGGAGAAUCUUAUAAUGGAGAUGAAAAAGUUUCUUUCGUGGAAUUCUUGAGGGCGUUGAGGGAAAUUGUUUCCGAAUUCAAGGCUUUCGUCAAUCAGAAUCCACGGGAAACUGCGAUCUUGAGAAAACUAAGAAACUCCUGCAUAGGAGAGCUUAUCCUGAUAAUUAUAUACUGCGGUUUGGGUGCCUUCGUCUUCAGAUUCACCGAGGGAGCCUUCGAAACAUUUUACAAAUGCGGAGUCAAGAGAGUGAAGAGAGACUUUCUCGAUAAUCUUUGGAAUUAUAGCCACAAUAUGAGAGAAGAGGACUGGAAGAGCAUGGCUCGUAGAAAACUAAUGGAAUUCGAAGAACAACUUCACAAUGCACACGAAGCCGGUGUUCAUUCCUACAGCGGUCAAAAAAACUGGACUUUCCUAAACGCCGUGGUUUAUUGCCUCACCGUUAUCACCACUAUCGGAUAUGGUCACAUCUCCCCAAGGACCUUAACCGGAAGAGCCAUCACAAUAGUUUACGCGAUAUUCGGGAUACCGAUGUUUCUGAUAAUUCUGGCGGAUUUCGGUAAGCUUUUUACGCGGGGGAUAAAAUUUCUUUGGGCGUUCGUCAGGAGACUUUAUUACACCGGUAGUUGUCGUAAAGUGAGAAGGACCGCACCUGUUCAGGAAGUGAUGAAAGGAGUGCAGCUCGUCUACGACUUUGCGACUUUCCGAAGGCCCUCGCAAAUGAACCCAGAAGACGUGGAAGAAAUUCAGAGGCAGAAAUCUCAGCCGCCAGCUGUUUUUAAUUUGGACGGGAACAUACCGAUUCCAGACACUCCGGGAACACCGGCGAUGUCCAAUUUCGCAAUUGACGAUGAAUUCAAUCUCCCGAUAUCAGUAGCCAUAUCGAUAUUGCUAGGCUACAUAUUCGUUGGUGCUACCGUUUAUCAUAUUUGGGAAAACUGGGGCUUUUUCGAGAGCUUCUACUUCGUUUUUAUAUCCAUGAGUACGAUUGGUUUCGGUGAUUUCGUCCCCGAGCACCCCAUGUACAUGAUGUGUUCAAUCGUCUACCUGGUAUUCGGCCUUGCUUUGACUUCUAUGUGCAUCAACGUCGUACAGACGAUGCUGUCCGAUUCGUUCAAGCAGGCCAGUCAAAAAAUCAGCGCCACGAUAGGUUUUGAAGUUCCUGCCGAAGAAGGUGCUGAAAAUGAGCAAGCGGAAAGUGAACCGGUGGACAUUUCUGACGUUCAAGUUACCAUUAAGGAACCUGACAAUGAAAACAAGGAAGCAAUAGCACCGAAAGCUAAACAGGAAGACAUCGAUUUGUAAAUUUAUAGAUCAGCGAAUGCUUCGGGAAGAAAGGGGAGAACGAAUUUUCAGUUUUCAGGGUAUCAAAAAGUUUUGGCGCUUCAUUGAAUAUAAAAUAUAAAUCGCCGCAUGUUCCAAGAACUUAUGCUUAUUAUAUAAGAAAGAUUAUACACCUAAAGUAGUGCCAUGAAAUGCACCAAAUUCUUGUGCCUUUCUCGUGGGGGAAAAAAACGAAUUCAUGAUUUAUUGUGAACUAUCUAGUCGCUAUUGCAAAAUGAAAUAAAAAAUUAUGCAUGUGAUAUAAUUAAGCAGAUAAUGUAAUAUAAGUAAAUUAUUUUCUUCUUCCUACGUGUGAUGUAUAUUCAGAGUUAUAUCAAGCUCUAUUACAGUACGAUAUUAUAUACUUAAAAAAAAGUACCGUGUAAAAACACCAAAAUAAGCAGACUCAUUUAAACGUAAAAUAAACUCGGCUAUUGCUUGACAACUUA